AUGGAGGACUUUCUACUCUCCAAUGGGUACCAGCUGGGCAAGACCAUUGGGGAAGGGACCUACUCAAAAGUCAAAGAAGCAUUUUCCAAAAAACAUCAAAGAAAAGUGGCAAUUAAAAUUAUAGACAAGAUGGGAGGGCCAGAAGAGUUUAUCCAGAGAUUCCUGCCUCGGGAGCUCCAGAUUGUCCGUACUCUGGACCACAAAAACAUCAUCCGGGUGUAUGAGAUGCUGGAGUCGGCAGAUGGAAAAAUCUACCUGGUGAUGGAACUGGCUGAGGGAGGGGAUGUCUUUGACUGCGUGCUCAACGGAGGGCCACUUCCUGAGAGCCGGGCCAAGGCCCUUUUCCGCCAGAUGGUUGAGGCUCUUCGCUACUGCCAUGGCUGUGGCGUGGCCCACCGGGACCUUAAGUGUGAGAACGCCUUGCUGCAGGGCUUCAACCUGAAGCUGACCGACUUUGGCUUUGCCAAGGUGCUGCCCAAGUCACGCAGGGAGCUCAGCCAGACCUUCUGUGGCAGCACAGCUUAUGCCGCUCCUGAGGUGCUGCAGGGCAUACCCCAUGAUAGCAAGAAAGGGGAUGUGUGGAGCAUGGGUGUGGUCCUGUACGUAAUGCUCUGCGCGAGCCUACCUUUUGAUGACACAGAUAUCCCCAAGAUGCUGUGGCAGCAACAGAAGGGGGUGUCCUUCCCCGCGCACCUGGGCAUCUCAACCGAAUGCCAGGACCUGCUCAAGCGGCUCCUGGAACCAGAUAUGAUACUCCGGCCUUCAAUCGAAGAAGUUAGUUGGCACCCAUGGCUAGCAAGCACUUGAUAAAAGCAAUGGCAAGUCCUCCCCAAUAAAGUAGGGGGAGAAAGCAAACCCAAAACCCGCUUCUAAAAUGGUGAUAUAUAUUUUACACUCUAAGUUCAC